CGGUCGUUUUCCAACACUGCCUUGUAAGCACAACAAAAGAAUUUCGCAACACCAGCAGAACUUUUUCGCUGCAAUUACAUUCCUUCAGAAAAAGAAAGGUGUUAAAAGGGAUUUCUAAUUCAAAAUGAGUUCAACUCGCUUUGCGCGCACUGGACGCGUGCGUCUCUGCAUUCUGAUGAGCAUGUUCCUGGUGCUCAUAAUGAUGAUUGUUAUUUACCAAAUGUCCCAGCACCAAUUGGACGAGAGCCGCGCCUUUCAGGAGGGUCUCAGUGUACAAAUGCAAUCGUUGACUGCCGAAAAGCUAACCGCCGAGAAACGUAUGAGCCUGCUGCGCACAGAGAAGAUGAGCCUGCAGGAGAAGUACGAAGGUCAGUUGGCAGAGGCGGCCCAAAAGCAGCAGGAAACGGAGCGGGCCCUUCAGGAGAAGUUUGAGGGUCAGUUGGAAAAGCACAAGCUACUAGAGAUCAAGUACGCUGAUCUAGAGGCUGAGUGCGUCAAUAGCAAGAAGAAACACAUCGCCGACACGAAUACCUUCGACCAGAAAUUGCAGAAAUUGCUGGCCGACGUUCACAAGGACAAGGCCAUCAAAGAGCAAGAAGUGGCCGGCUGGAAGGAAAAACUGGAGAAACUGCAACGCGAUUCAGAGCGCAAGAUACACGCCCUGGAAAGUUCACUGACGGAAUUCAAAGCUAACUGCCAUUACGUACCCAAAGUACAACCUGCAGAGGCACCGGCUCAUGGCCACCAGGACUCACAACCACAGCAACAGCUAAACAAGCCGGCCGAGCAAACUCCUACCACGCACCACUCAAGCCCUGGUCAAGUGGCCCAUAGCAUUGAGAAGCCACGAAACGAGAAGUCUUUCGACGCCCAAGUGCAAGUGAGUGACGGCCUCUACAGGAUUGGCGGCGGGGUAAAUCUGCUAGAAACUAACCCAAAACAAAACCAAACAACUUCAGCUACUAACAACACAACAAAGGGCCUUGGUGGCGGGAUUAUGGAACAAGAGCCGCAGAAAGAGCAGCAGCCACUGCUGCCCUUCGCUGUGCGCAACAAUCAUAGCCUGAUACUAAACUCUGUUGAAAACUUUCAGAUUGUCCCGAAGGUGUUGAGCGAGAAGCAGCAGCAAGAGGAGCCUCAGUUGGCCGACGGCCAGGUGUCACCCCUGAGUGCUCCGCGCAAGAGCAGUACUCCGGCUCCGAAUGCCUCGGUGGCACCCAAGAUAGUGAGCAGCAGCAGUAGUGGGCUCCCACCGCUGGCUGUUCCGCCCGCAAAGCCAGAGCGCAAACUACCCGAGAACGUGGCGCCCAUUCCUGACAACUUCGAGGACACCAAGGUAGAUGGUAAAGGGGAUGCCGUCGACGUGGACACCGCUGCCGAGGAGCUGCCUAAGAACGAGAACAACAAUCGCUAUGCAAAUGCUGUAAAUGAUCUGGAGAACAAUCGAAACUUGGGCGUGGCGCCUAAGCCGCUCGAGGACUCGGGCGCACAUGAAGUCAAAGACGCGUUGAACGAGCCCAGUUUUAAUCUACCGGCAGCCGGAGGUGGCCAGAACCUUUUCGAUGGCGAAUUGCCAGCGCCUGGUCCCGGUCCAGUGCCCGAUGAGCCGGCCAAGCAAAUGGCAGAUCAACUGGCAGCAGGAGGUGCGGGUGGCGGUGAAGGAGUGGAAGGCGACGAUGACGACGAUGUGGGGGAUGUGGCGGUGAAGCAGCCGCAGCACUUGCUUGAAAACGACAAUCUGAACAACGAGAUCAUGGCUGAUCAGGGAAAGGAAUUUCCCGAGGGUAUUCAUUUGGAGGACGGCAUGGAUGAAGAUCCGGAUGAGGAUGACUACUCCAAUGCAGCGGCACGGAAGAAGGGAGGCGAGGCCGUUAGAAACUAAACUGUGUAAUAUUUUAUGAUUCAUAGAUGAUUCCACGACGGGAUUGUGAGAAAAGAAGUAACCCAGACCCCUUAUUGAAUAUAUUUUGAGUUGGAGAAAACUCUAUGCCCUAAUGAAAACCAUUCGAUGGAAAUUUGAAUGUGUAUUAUAAUGAAAGUUAGAAGAAAUCGAUAUAAGAAGCUGCCCUAAGCUGCAUAGUUUAUAAGUAAGAUUAAAGCUCAUGACCACCACUCCAUAUUUCUCCAAAACGCAACUGGAUACCCGACGGAAAUACUCUGAGAUGGGGCUGAGAGGCCCGAGGCAGAAAGUUCAUUGAAUGAACCGAUUUAAUAUUAAGACUGGCUCGGUUCAGCUUUACACGAAUAGUUGUCGCAAAGAUAUAGCUAACCUAUUUUGAUCUAAAGUAUAUUUGCAAUAAUUUUUAUAAUCAAAUAUCGACAAUUUCAUCACAAAACUCUCGCGCUCAUAUCGAAGAUCGACUCUUGCGGUUCCGUUCCGUACAAUAUUAUUUUGUACUUGGUUUUCUGUGAUAAAAAUAACUCGCUGCACUGCAUUUGGGCAAUGUUGCCUGUGUUUUUGUCGCCGCAUUUGCUUUCGAAUGCUCUCCACUCAUUUCGCUAGAGAUUAGGUAGCCACUUAAGCCAUGAUUGUACACACACACUACACACUAGCAGUCGGAAACACACACAAACUUUAUUGGUAAUGAUAAUAAUAAACUUAAUGCAUAAAUGUUAA